GUGAGCAGGAUUUAGUGGUGUGUGUACAGCUCGUGGACGGUGGAGGGGUAUGGAUGGAGGCCCAAACUAAAUGUUGAUUUACACCCAGGAGUGUACACUGUAGAUACAUUUCUUAUUGUCGACACUAGGCUAGCAAAAUGUCACUCUCAAAACGUGAAUAUGAGGAGUACAAGGGGGCAGUGGACAAGUUGGUCUACAAGUAUGUGUCACGGGAUCGGUCCAGUGUGGUGUCAGCCAUCACCCAUGCUGUGGACUCGGGUCUGGACAAGAGAAAAGUUGAAGACAAGCUCAUGGGAUAUGUUGACAAGAGUCUGGCAUACAAAUUGGCUGAGAAGGCUUUUGGAAUCCUGGAAGACAUGGGGGCGAAGGUCAAAACUUCAUCACGGAAGCGCACUCACAAAGAUGAAAAUGAACGUGAGAAGGAGAGUAAGAGGCCAAGAGUCAAGGAGGAGAAAGAGCCUCCUGUAGAGAGUAAACCUCCUCAGCCUCCCUCAUCUGGGCCCAACAAUACAGUUAGUCCAGGCCAAAUACAGGCACAACAGAUUAAGGACAUAAUGGCUAAAGCUCAAGCUGUCAUUGAAGAGAGAAAGAAGGCUAUGGCUAGCCUACACCCUCCUGAGCCUAAGCCAACCACUAAUGGUGCAGCACUUCCCUUGAUGCCUGGGCCACCACCCUCCUUGCUAGGGGCCCUUGCUGGUGGAGAUGUAAAUUCUCGUAUUGCUGAGCUGCAAGCCCGCAUUCAGGCCCAACUGGGGAGCAACCCAGCCCUUGGGCUUCCAGGGUUACAAAUGGGACUACCUGCUGGUGCACCACCUCCCCCAGCUGCUACUGUGGCUAAGCCUGUUGGGGAGCAGAGCAAACCAACACCACUCAUCCUUGAUGCAGAAGGACGGACAGUGGAUCAGAGUGGCAAAGAGGUUCAUCUGACUCAACGGAUUCCAACAUUAAAGGCCAACAUCAGAGCCAAGAAGCGUGAGGAAUUCAAACAGCAGCUACAGGAGAAGCCUCUUGAGGACACUUCUGAGAGUAACUUCUUUGAUGGUCGGAUUGGUGGGCGGCCACCAGUUCGGGUGAAAAGGAUGUUCAAGUUCCAUGAUCAGGGAAAGUUUAUACAGCUGGCACAGAGAGAAAGAGCCAAGUCUCGCCUGGAGAAGCUGCAGUUUGAAAUAUCACAGGUGGCCAAGAAAACGGGUAUUUCUUCAGCUGCAAAACUUGCCCAGCUGGAACAGCGAGAGUUGAAGAGUGGACCAUCAGGUUUACCAGAUGUAGAGUGGUGGGAUGCUGUAAUACUAGAGGGAAACAGAUAUCCUGAGGAAGGAGAACCUGUAAAGGUAAAGGAUGACUACAUAACUAGGCUAAUAGAACAUCCACUUGAGGUUAAGUGCCCUUCAGAUCCUACUAAACCUGUGAGUCUCCAAGUCUUCCUCACAAAGAGAGAGCGGAAGAAGCUGCGUCGCAUGAAUAGACGAGAGACUUGGAAAGAGAAGCAGGAGAAGAUUCGUUUAGGCCUAGAACCACCCCCAGAACCCAAGGUGCGCAUGGCUAACCUGAUGAGGGUACUAGGGACAGAAGCUGUCCUUGACCCCACCAAAAUGGAAAAGCAUGUGCGGGAACAGAUGGCCAAGAGGCUUAAGGCUCAUCAGGAUGCCAAUGCUGCCCGGAAGCUCACACCUGAGCAGCAAAGAGAUAAGAAAGUUCGCAAAAUUAAAGAAGACAUCUCCACUGGAGUUCAUGUUACUGUGUACAAAGUGACUGACUUUUCUAAUGGCUCUCAUAAGUUCAAGGUAGAGACCAAUGCCAAGCAACUCUUCAUGACUGGCACAGUGGUAUUAUUUAAGGACAUCAAUGUUGUGGUUGUGGAAGGAGGUCCAAAGCAGCAAAAAAAGUAUAAGAGGUUAAUGAUGGAACGCAUUAAAUGGGCAGAAGAGUCACGUUCAAAAGAUGCAGACCUGGAGUCCAAAUGCCAGUUAAUUUGGGAAGGAGUAGUUUCAGAGAGAAGUUUUGGAGAGAUGCAAUUUAAGGCCUGCCCAACCGAAUUAUUUGCCAGGGAUCAUUUCAAAAAGCAUGGAGUGGAACACUACUGGGACCUGGCAUAUGGGAAGAAAAUAUUGGAAGAAGCUGAUAGUGGCAUUUAGGAAUGGGAAGUUCAAAUCAUGUUGCAGCUACCACUCCUGCUGUUGCCGCUGCUGCCAUCCACGAUGAUUCCAACAGUGAGCAUUCAUCAGUUGUGUGUGUAAACAGUGCCUCAACAUGAUUUUUUUUAAUGAUUGUUACUGUACUCUAUAAGCUUUUAUUUGUUAUCCUUUUAAUGAUUUAUGAGUUAAUACAUAUUUAUUACCUUCAGUUAUCCAUAGACAUAUUUUCAAUGUUAUAGGUAGACUGGAAAUAUUUUAUUUAAGUUUUUGAAGAGCCUCUCUCAGCCAGGUUGGAACCAAAGUAAUUUUCUGCCAUUGCUUUUGAACAUGAAUUGUGUCAACACAGGCUGAUGGCAGAACAAAUCCCUGUAUUAGUGGUUACCUGACUGUAUAAAAGAAAAAAAUCUUUCUGCAUUGCAGGGUGUUGAAUAAUUUGUGGCUUAGUUUUCUGGAAAACACAACUUUGGUUACUUUCUACAUUUUUGCUACAAAGUUCAUUUACUACAUGAAUUAUGUGCAUAAAUGUAGGAAAGUCAAUGUACUUAGGGUUCUUUUCAGACCACUGGCACAACAAGUUAUGAGACAGCUGAUGGAAGUCUCUACAUAGGAGUCCCCCAUUAACCACAAAAAAACAACAAAAACCGCAGAAUAUACUAAGAGUCAAAGAUGUGACUUAAAUUAGCAUGGCCUGAAGAGUAUGAAUUUGGGGAAAGGGGUAAAGGACAAUUUUCAUCAACUCAGUGAUUUUUAACCAACUCAGAAACAAACAGUUGGGGAAGUUAACCACCAUCCCCACAGUUACUGUUUAUGGUGUG